UGUUUUCCUGUAUAAAUGAAGAGCAAAACUCUUGACACUGACGAGACAAAACACGCGCACACAAUGAUUUUCUCAAAUCUCUUAAUAGCCUUUCUUAUCAUUGCCAUGCCACUGUUAAUUAUUCUUAUCACAAACAAAAAACAUCAACAUAACAGACUGCCUCCGGGGCCUAAGAAGCUGCCACUCAUUGGCAAUCUUCAUCAGCUUGGUGGACUUGCUCCUCAUCGAUCACUUCGACUUCUUUCAAGAGAACAUGGCCCCCUCAUGUUUCUACAGCUCGGCUCUGUUCCAACUCUUGUGGUCUCAUCAGCCGCGAUGGCCAGAGAAAUUUUCAAGACCCAUGACUCGGUUUUUUCUGGCCGGCCUGCCCUCUAUGCCGCGAAAAAGAUGGGUUACAAGUGCUCAACUAUUUCUUUUGCUCCCUAUGGAGACUACUGGAGGCAAGUACGAAAGAUUGCACUUGUAGAGCUAUUAAGUGCAAAGAGAGUUCAGUCUUUUAAAGCUCUUCGAGAACAAGAAGUGGCCAGUAUGAUUAAAUCAGUCGCGGAUUCUUCACCUAAUCCUAUUAAUUUGAGCGAGCUGACGCUUUUGCAAGCGACUAAUUUUGUGCUCAGGGUGGUAUUUCGUAUGAAGGGAAGUGAUUAUGGUGAAAACAACGCUAAGAGUGAGUUUGAUGAAAUAUUUCAUGAAACGCAACAUUUAUUAGGCAUGGUGAAUAUUGCAGAUUAUUUUCCCUGGAUGGGUUGGUUUAACAAGUUUAACGGUGUUGAUGCAAGAUUGGACAAGAAUUUAAGAGAUUUGGACAGGUUUUAUGACAGGGCAAUCCAGAAGCACCGCGAAUGCCCACACAGGUCCGGACCUGAUGAGCAUGAAGAUCUUGUUGAUGUAUUGCUCCGAAUUCAGGCUGAUCCAAAGCAAGAUACUGGACUCACUGAUGAUCAGAUCAAAGCUGUAUUGACGGACAUGUUUGUAGCUGGAACAGAUACUUCUUCAGCAACAUUAGUAUGGAUAAUGACACUACUCAUCAAAAAUCCAACAGUAAUGAGUAAAGCACAAGAAGAAGUGAGGCGUCUCGUCCAGGGAAAAGGGAUGGUAGAAGAAAGCGAUCUUCCAAAACUUGACUACUUAAAGAUGAUUAUUAAAGAGACAUUUAGACUCCAGCAGCCAGUCCCAUUACUAAUCCCACGAGAAACUACAGAAACAUGCACUGUUGGAGGUUAUGAAAUUCCAGCCAAAACAAGGGUGUUUUUUAAUGCUACCGCAAUAUCGAUGGAUCCCCAACUGUGGGAAGACCCGGAAGAGUUUAAACCAGAGAGAUUCUUGAAUAGCUCCAUUGAUUUCAGAGGCCAGCACUUUGAGUUAAUACCAUUUGGGGCAGGCCGGAGGAGUUGUCCAGGAACCAAUUUUGCAGUGCUAAUAAUAGAGCUUGUGCUCGCUAAUCUGUUGUUUAGCUUUAACUGGAGACUGCCUGAUGGAAUGAACGCUGAAGAUAUUGAUAUGGAAGAGACUAUCGGCAUUGCAGUCCAUAAGAAGACUCCUCUUUGCCUUGUUGCUUCACCGUAUGUGCAUAUAUAGUUAACUAGUUCUUGUACUCAGAGGUGAGGCGUAGCAUUUGACGCUGCUGGCAAAUUAUGAUUGCAUGAUCUUACGUCCCCCCUACAUGUAUAAGGUUGUUUUUUCGUAAUAAAGAUUCAGUGAAAAGAACAGGUUUCAUUUAUAUAAGAACAGGCUUAGCC